UUUUUUUUACAAUUAAUGAAGCUAUGUUGUAAAAAAGAGAGUAUUUUCAUUGUGAAAUAUAUAUUGAUUAAAAUGCUGAUCUCAAAUUGAUGAGUUUGUGAUUAUUGCAAUGAACUAUGUUUAAUCUGGUGCCACAAUUUUUUGUGACGUCAAAGAUAGACAUCAUUUAAUGACGACGUCACGGACAUUGUUAUUCAUAUCAAUACUCCGAAGGGAAUUGUGUGAGAAUUGUGAUCUGAAACUUUCUAUUUGGUUUGGUUAAUCUAUAAUUUUAUCGCGACACUGAUUUAUGACGUCUCAGUAGUGUUAUUACAUAUGUAUCUUACGAUCUUACGAUUCAUGUAUUUUGGUAAUAUGUUUUUCGUAACCGUAACCGUACCUGACCAGGGUUGGGGGUGAGGAGGUCACUGUCUUGUGAUCUUCUUCUGACUCAGCAGAAUUUCUAGUACAAGGUUAGAAGGUUUCCCUCAUAUUUGUUCUUAGUACUGUGUUGUACCAAUCGCGACGCGUAUUAAAUAAAUAUAACUUAAGUUUUUAAUUCAAUUCAGCGUGACACAAAAUCACAAUAACCGCGCUAGUGUCUUCAGAUGUAUCGACGUAUAUCAUGAAUUAUGUAUAAGUCAUGGAUGACAAGGAAGAUUACAGAAGUGCUAUACAAAUAAUAAUAUAGGUAAGGCAAGGAAUACUAAAAGAAGUCGCUAACAGAUAUUGUGAAUUUUAUGCUUUACCUAACUACAAGUGACGCGAUUGUUCUUAAAAGUAUAAGUAUUUGCAGUCGAUCAUUGUGCAUCUGUUGAUCACUCCCCAAUCGUGUACACACAAAUAUUCAUUUUCGAACUAAGCAGUAUCAUGGAUGAGCUGCCAAGCGCUAACUGUACUGAUACAAUGAUUUGAAGCGCGAAAGACAGCUUUGGUGAGUACAUGUUUUUUGUAGUGUGUUCAAAGUUCAAACAUUUUUAACAUUCAAGCACAUAUUUAAUCAUAAUAUUGUCAUGUUUAUUUCCCCUACAGCUGGUAUGAAGCGCUCUUCCAAUAAAUAAUUCUGAAUAAAACGCUGAAGGUUCGGGGGUGGUAGUGUUGACGAAGUUAAUUUAAGCAGCCGCGAGAAAGAUGGAUAGCCGAUGGAAGUGAAUGUCAACACGCAGAGUUAUUAAGAAACAAACACAAAUAUUUCCGGAUAUAUUUCAAAGCUUUUCUUCCACGAUUUAUGUGUAUCCAGUAGUCUUGUUGAAUGAGGACUGUUAAAGGGUCUGAUGUAUUUCUCCCUAAUCGUCCGUAGCAAAUGGGCAAAUAGAGAGAUUAUAUGUUAUCAAACAAGUCGCAUAUAUAUGCCCAUUGCCUAUUUACCCGUGCAGAAGCGGGGCAAUAAUAUAUAUGCUGUAUCUCACUGCAUGUCCCAAGAGGGGACAGAUUAUGAAGGUCCCUGCAUGACCGGGGUGAUUUCUCCUUUGUCUUCUGUAAGUGGACAUUGGAGAGCCCAAGAGUAUCCAACUACAUGUUGAUCGUAGAGAGCGACUACCUACCGUCUUACCUACCUUCCUCCCUACAUGCAUAAUUAAUUCUUCAUGAAUAUUCAUUCUUUAGAACUAAGCUGUUAUCUUUAAAAAGUAAAUCUUGUUAAAAAUUUAGUUAAGGGAAACAUGAUUUAGUAUAUUAUGUUUAAACAUAUUUACUAAUCCAAACCCACGCCCUUUGACUCAAUCUGAUAUUACACUGUUCAUAAAUCACUUGUAUAUUUGACAAAAUAAUUAAUGGAUUAUUAGAUUUGAUAUUUUUUAACUAUCAUUAUGCUAAUCAUUCAAUUUUACUUGAAAACUUGAUUUUGCAGGUAUACUGCCUCUGUGUAAACCAGAAACGCUUAAUCUAAAAGACGUAUGAAAAUGAUGCAAGUAUGAAGGGAUCUACAGACAGGUUGGAUCCACUAAAGUCAGCUCAACCUCCAGACGGGGGAUGGGGGUGGGUGGUGAUGUGUUCAGUCUUUAUGAUAAGUUUUGUUGCUGACGGGGUCAAUCUAACUUUUGGAGUAUUCUUCUCGGAAUAUCUGUCCUUCUAUGGAGAAAGCAAAGGAAAAACUCAAAUGCUCCACUCUGUAUCGAUUGGAACCAUGUUUGGCACAGGUCCUUUGGCAGCAGCCCUAGUGAACAAGUUUGGUACCCGAAGAGUUACCAUUUCUGGAUCGAUAAUAUUCGGUGUCGGGAUUUUUCUCUCCACCUUUUCUCCUAAUCUCGACAUAAUGAUCCUGCUGUAUGGCAUCGUCGGGGGAUUUGGAUUUGGGCUGAUGUACAUACCCUCCAUAGUGAUCGUGGGUAUCUACUUCGACAAACGCCGGGCCCUAGCUACUGGGAUCGCGAUGUGUGGAUCAGGGAUAGGGUGUUUUGCCUUCGCUCCUAUAUACGAGGUAUUGCUGACGAAAUAUGGAUGGCGUGGUGCCUUGUUGAUCAUGUCAGCCAUCACGCUCAAUGGAACUGUCGCUGCCUCUUUAUUCCGGCCGUUGGGCCGAUCGUGUCAAAAGUCUGAACAAAAUGAAUCUAAUACCUGUAAUGACGGUGAACAGGUGACCAGGAUCACGUGGAACAAAUGCUGUACACAUGUAUGCGCUAUUUUGACCGAUGUAUUUGACACGUCACUAUUAUCGCGACCCGUUGUCGUCGUGAGUGCGUUAUCUAGUUUUCUUUUCAUGUUAGGAUCAUUCGUUCCAUACAACUUUUUACCGGCGCUGGCUAAUGAUCUACACCUGUCAACAUUUGAAAGCUCACUUCUGAUAUCAAUUAUAGGUAUAUCGGACACUAUGACGCGAAUCCUUGUUGGAUACAUAUCCGACAAACCCUGGGCGAACAGCAUCCUGAUUAACAAUGUCGUUCUCAUUACUGGGGGCGUGGCUACGAUAUUUGUGCCAUUCUAUGGGCAGUUUGAAGUCUUGGCUGUCUAUGCCAUAGUUACCGGAGCGACCAUAGGAGUAUUCAUGACCCUGAGGACGAUCAUCAUGGUGGAGCUGCUGGGUAUACAGAACUUGUCAAGGUCAUAUGGUCUGAUGUCUCUGAGCAUGGGGAUAUCGUCCUUCGCUGGUUCUCCCAUAGGAGGCGCCUUGUCCGAUUGGAGAGGAGAUUACGAUAUAGUUUUCUAUGCAGCCGGUAUCUCCAUGGCACUAUCCGGUGUUAUUGGACUGUCCCUCCAACGAAUCGCAAAAUGGGAAAAUAAAAGGCACGUUGACAUCAGCGACUAUAAUGAGCCAAAACAAGAGACUAACAUCAAAUUAGCAUACAUCAAAACAAACGGCUACCUUGGUGAAAAAUACUAGGCCUGUCAAAUCGGCCAGCCAAUAUGAGGACACCGCACUAUGUCAACGUACUCGAGAUGGAUUCUGUCUUGUUUUGUACAGAUGUUGCAAAGUUGUAUUCAUCAAAUAUUGAAAAAUGUCUUAUUAAUAUCAAUCAAAAAUGUUUAACCCCAGUCUCCC